AUGAACCCGAUCUGGACUCUGGCUGUGUGCUGGAGAGUUGUGAGUUUUGCUGUUUCUGGUUGGACGCAGGAUUUGUCCGGUGCUGCAUCAUAUCUGAUCUCAGGUCCAGAGGUGUUGCAUGCUGGGACGCCAACUCUUCUGGCUGUCACUGUUUUCGAUGACUUCCCCGGCACGGUGACAGCUGAAGUGGGAAAUGGCAUCGCCAAAGUAUCUCACACCAAAGACUUCCGAGAAGGUUUGACCAGUGUCCUCACACUUCCUCCUAUUCCUGACUCCUUAACCCAGAAUUCCCACUUAAACUUGACGGUGUGGGGCUACAAAGGGAACAGCGUCAUUUUCACCAACACCACCACCCUCAGCUUCAGUCGCAGGAAUGUUUCCACCUUCAUCCAAACUGACCGAUGGCGCUACAGUCCAGGGGACACAGUCAAGGUCAGAGUGGUGUCUGUUCAGUGGGAUAACCGUCCAUAUGAAGGGAAGGUGGACGUCUCUGUGCGGGAUCCCAGUGGGAAUGUCGUUGACAGGUGGGAGUCCACAGGGAAUCUAGGAAUUGUGUUAGAAGAAUUCCAUUUGUCCCAGGGGCCUCUUCUUGGACGUUGGGUGGUCACAGCCUCAGUGAAUGGCGUGACUGAUGAGAAACUGUUCAUCGUGGAGCAUUAUGAGCGCCCACACUUUGAAGUUCUGGUGAAGACACCUUCACGUGUCCUCGUUGGUGAUGACCUCUCAGGAUCAGUAAGAGCGCUGUACCCCAGUGGACAACCUGUACAUGGAACAUUAGUUGCUUCUCUGGAGUCUGCUGUGAGCAAUACAACCUCUGCAAUGCAAACUAAAGAGAUCUACGGCUCAACGCGGUUUUUCUUCAGCAACGAUCAACUUCAGACUCUCCCGUCGUCAUCGGUUCGCAGUGACGGUCGCGUCGUCGUGCAUGUUUCUGUAUCUGUUAAGGACAGCUCCACAGGAUUUAGAGUGAACAGAACGGUGCCAGUCCACCUCAUGCAGAAUGCAUUCCAGCUUACGUUCCAGGAUUUUCCUGCCACUCUGAAGCCAUCCUUACACUUCUCUGCAAAUCUCAGGAUCUCAAGAUACGACAGAAAGCCGCUCAGCUCCUCGGAUCUCAGGCACUCUGCUGUGGUUGAAGUCAGUCAGAGAACUUUGGUGAACGAUGUGGAACCGACAGCUCUGAUACUUCCUGUGUCUGAGGACGGGAACGUCCACAUUAGGCUUAAAUUACAGGAUCGAGUUGCGAUGCUCUUUAUCCGGGCCAGAUUCCAAUCCAGCGAGGAGACUCUGAAGGUUUCCACCAACUCCUCCUCUCUCAGUGACUCAUAUAUUCAGAUCUUCCCAGUCAACACACCUGCACAGAUUGGAUUGCCUCUGGAGCUGAAUGUAGAGAGCAGCUUUAAACUAACGAAGCUUCACUUUGUGGUGAGCUCUAAAGGGCAGGUGGUAUCUGCUGGGACACACAACUCCUCGUCCUUCUCACUGAGCCCAGCGCUGUCCUGGUCCCCCGUGGCCUGUGUCACUGUUUACGCCAUCGUUUCUGAUGGCGAGAUUGUCAGUGACACAGCACGUAUAUCCAUCGAUCAGCAUGUAUUCUUAAACUGGAGCAGUGAAAGGGCCCAACCAGGUGAGCAGGUAUCGCUCACUGUGACUGGCCUUGAAUCCAGGUCCCAGCUGGGAGUCGUGGUAUUGGGGACGCACGAGGAUUCCCCGCAGUCUGAUCCGGACUUUAAAGUGGAAGGGGACUGUAAUCUCAGGAUGCUGACCAAUGCAGGCUUAUAUAAAAAACUGCAGCCUGUAAAUGAGGGACCUGCCGCAGAGGUGCAGAGGUACUGGAGCCACUGGAUGGAUAGUGCUGAGUCUUUACUGUGGUUAGACGCUAAUGUUAGUGAUCAGAUGUGGACAAGUGAGAACAUAACUGUGCCAGAUGGUGUUACCUCUAUGAGAGCUUUGGCACUGGUGAUGUCAGAGAGCUGGGGUUUGGGCUUCACUCCUGUGCCACAAAAGCUGACUGUCUCCAAAGAUUUUUCCCUGUCUCUGGUCGUCCCAUCACGCCUCAUCAGAGGAGAGGAGGUUGUGUUGGAAGUGAACGUCAUCAACCAUUUAGAGCAGGAAAUGGAUGUCAUCGUGCUGCUAGCACAGAGCAAAUCCUUUGAGUUUGUUCUGGCACAGCGGAAGGAUGCGUCUGUUAUACAUGCUCAAAAAAUCACCGUAGGGAGUCACGUCUCUGCUUCGGCCCAGUUCCCUGUAAGGCCUUUGGCUCUGGGUCAGGUGGAAAUAUCUGUGGAUGCUGUAUCUGCAGAGGCCUCAGACAGUUGUGUUUGGAGAGUAAUGGUGAAGCCCAAAGGAGUUGAGCAGUACUUCUCUCAGACUCUGUUCUUGGAGCUGGAACCGCAGAAAUCCAACAGAUCCAGAACUGUCUCGUUCUCCUUUCCUCCGGACGUGGUACCCGGCAGUCAGAGGGCCCAUGUGGCAGUAGCUGGUGAUAUCUUGGCUUUGUCCAUCAACAACUUGGGCUCACUGGUUCAGCUGCCGGUUGGAUGUGGGGAGCAGAACAUGAUCCACUUUGCUCCAAGCGUGUAUGUUGUUCAGUACCUGAGUGCUUCAACUCAGGAUGACAGCACGAUCAGGAGCCAGGCUCUAGCUUACAUGAUGGAAGGUUAUCAGAAGCAGCUCUCCUACCAACGAGAUGAUGGUUCCUUCAGUGCUUUUGGAAACAGCGACACCUCUGGUAGCACAUGGCUGACAGCCUUUGUAGUGCGCUGCUUCCUCCACGCUCAGCCCUACAUGCAGAUAGACCAGAGCGUCCUGCACAGGGCCGUGGCUUGGCUCUUGAAACAACAGGGGCCCCGAGGGGAGUUCAGCGAGGUGGGCAGACUGAUCCACACAGAGAUGCAGGGAGGUCUGGAUAACGGCCCGGUGGCGCUGACCGCUUAUGUGCUGAUUGCACUUUUGGAGGACCACACCUACGCAGACAUGUACCAGGAAAACGUGUCUCUGGCCACAAACUACCUGGAGGACAAAGUGUCUGGCGGUGUGGUCAGUAACUACAGCCUGGCUCUGGUGGCUUACGCUUUAGCUCUGGCCAACAGUCCUGUCUCUUUCAGCGCCCUCCUACAGCUCAGCAGUAGGGCAGACUACAUAGAUGGAGUGAUGAUGUGGAGUUCGUCUGUUGGCCUGAGGUCACAUGACCAGAAGCCGCCUGCAGCACAGAUCGAGAUGGCCUCCUACGUGCUGCUGGCUCACGUUAGGCACGGCUCUCUCUUUGACGUCAUUGCACUCAUGAAGUGGUUAAGCACACAGAGAAACCAUGUGGGGGGCUACAGAACCACGCAGGACACAGUGGUAGCUCUCCAGGCUCUGGCUUUCUUUGCAGCAUUCAGUGGCGCCAACGCCAUUAACCUCAGGCUGCACGUAUCUUCUCCAACAUCGUCGUCACUGUUUCAAAUCAACUCCACCAACUAUCGAACGUAUCAAAGCCAAGAGAUUAGUGCUGAAAAAGAUCUGCAUCUAAAAAUCUACAUGGAAGGAAGAGGCUUCGCCACAUUUCAGUUGAACGUCUUUUACCACCUGGAGAGCGAAGCCUUUUCACAGAACCUCCAGCAAGCUGCAGACGAGGAAGCUUUCUCAUUACAGAUUGAUGUUGCUGAUGACAGUGAGCACAAUCACAUAAAACUGUCGAUAUGCACAAGAUUAAAGGAAAUUCAGACAAUACCUCGCACAGGUAUGGUUAUACUGGAGGUAGGCAUGCUCAGCGGGUUCACGCUCUCUAAUAAGACUGCUCUCACAGCAGCAGUUAUCAGGAAGGUGGAGACGUCACCUGAGAAAGUCAGCCUGUACCUGGAUUCGCUCAACAAGUCCGAGGUCUGCAUUGAGCUUCUUCUAGUCAGGAACUACAAAGUGGCCCGUGUGCAGGACACUGUGGUGCACGUUUACGACUACUAUGAACCAAUGAGAAAAGCAAUAAGCACGUAUAAUUCCCGAGUGCUGCGCAGUGUGGACUCCUGCUUCUUCUGUGGUGCAAACUGUGAUGGCUGCAGGCCUGCAGUCACCAUCGCCAUGUCGUCUUCGCCGUCCUCUCAGUCGGCGGCUGCCUGCAGCUUUAGCUGCCUGUUUCUCGGAGUCGCUGCUUUCCUUGCUGCAGCCUGAUUUAAAAAGCACACGUUUAAUAAGCACUGAUGGAUGUUUCUGUCAUACCAAACUUACUGUUUGACUUGUAAUGUUUAGGGGACUGUUCUUUGUUUAGUGCACUAUGCCCCCCACUGUUGAUGUGUUUGUAAAUAUGAAAUUAGUGAGUGUGGAAACUUAUAUUACAUGUACUGUUUUUAAAUCAAUACCAUGUAAAACAAAUACCUUUAAUGCUACCAUGAGUCCAUAAGUUGAGAAAAAUAAUCCAUUAAAUAAAGUAGUUCUGUAGUCACAAGCUUUUCCACACGUCCUGUUGUCUCUGUUCUGGCAGAAAAUACCGACAUAUUAAUCUGCGCCAAGUCAUAGAAAUGCUAAAAAAUGGAUUAUUGUGCAGCUCUGC